AUGGACUUUUUCGCUCCUUCUGCGGUGUACGGACAUUCUUUUGUUUCAUGUUUCACCGGAUUUAAACUCCCGGAAUUCUGGCCGGAGUACCAAAGGAAUUUUCAAGGAUUAGAGAACGUUACCCUCAGUCAAAUCCCUAGCAAUCUGAUGCCUUCAUCCUUCCAUUUCUCAUUCCGCCAUCAAUACAGGAAGAGUAAGCAGCAGCAGGAUUCCCAUCCUCAUCAACAAAAACCUCCUCCAUUUUCCCAAUCUCUUCCUCCUCAAAAUGCUGCUGAUUUCAUUACUUCUUCGCAACAGGAUUUUCACCUUCAAAAACAGCCUUAUCCAUUUUUCAUGACUCUUCCUCAAGAACUUCCAUUUCCAUUUUCGCAAGAUCAUUUUCCUCACUCUGUUGAUUUCAGUUUGCCUUUUCAGCAGGAUUUUAUCCCUCAAGAACUACUGUUUCCAUUUGCCCAAUCUCUUCCUCCUCAUGAACAACCUUCUACAUUGUCACAAUCUUUUUCACCUCAUCUUGUUGCUUGUUUGAAUGCGGAGGAUCUGCCAACUUCCCAGCUGCCUUCUGACUCACCAGUGUGGAACCAAUCAGAGGACUUGAAUUGGUGUGAUAGUCUUUUUCUGGAUUACUAA